CUACAUUCUCUCCUCUUCGUACAGAGCAGGCAGACUCCUCCACCAUGGCCUCCUACACUCGCUCUAUCAACUAUUCUAGUUCUAACCGCCUCGGCUCCAUGAGGGCCCCCAGCGUGUACGGUGGCGCCGGAGGCUCCGGCGUGCGCAUCUCCAGCAUGAGCGCACCCAGAAGCUUCUCCUCCUCCGCCGGUGCGGGGUUCUCUGCCGGCAGCAGCAGCAGUGGCUUCAACCUGUCUGAUGCCGUCGACGUCACUGACAACAAGAAGAUGGCCAUGCAGAACCUGAACGACCGCCUGGCCACCUACCUGGACAAGGUGCGCAGGCUGGAGCAGGCCAACACCGAGCUGGAGCUGAAGAUCAGACAGUUCCUGGAGAACAAGACUAAACCAGAGGGCCACGACUGCACUGCAUUCAAGGCUGCCAUCAGCAACAUGCAGGACCAGAUCCUCCACGCCACCAGCACUAACGCAUCUCUCUACCUGGCCGUCGAUAAUGCCAAGCUGGCUGCUGAUGACUUCAGGACGAAGUUUGAGAACGAGCUGGCCAUGCGUCAGUCGGUGGAGGGCGACAUUGCCGGUCUGAGGAGAGUCCUGGACGAACUGACUUUGGGAAGAUCCGACCUGGAGAUGCAGAUCGAAUCUCUGAGGGAGGAACUCAUCCAGCUCAAGAAGAACCACGAGGAGGAUCUGCUGGGUCUGCGCACCCAGAUGGGAGGUCAGGUGAAUGUGGAGGUGGACGCCGCUCCUCAGCAGGACCUGUCCGCCGUCAUGGCCGGAAUCAGAGAGCACUAUGAGACCGUUGCCAACAAGAACCGCAAAGAUCUGGACACCUGGUUCCAGGCCAAGUCUGAAGAUCUCAAUAAGGAGGUCGCUGUGAGCACAGAGACUCUUAAUUCAUCACGCUCCGAGGUCACAGAGGUCAAACGCUCGCUGCAGGGUCUGGAGAUCGAGCUCCAAGCACAGCUCAGCAUGAAAGCCUCUCUGGAAGGAACCCUCGCCGACACCCAGAGCCGCUACUCUAACAUGCUGGCAGGUUACCAGAGGCAGGUGACCACUCUGGAAGACCAGCUGGCCAACCUGAAAGCCGACCUGGAGCGCCAGGGACACGAGUACCAGAUGCUGCUGGACAUCAAGACCAGACUGGAGAUGGAGAUCGCUGAGUACAGGAGGCUGCUGGACGGAGAGGUGUUCACGCCACCUGCCUCCUCUUCAACCACUACCACUCGUAAAGUGCUGAUCGUCACUAAAGAGGUCACAGACGACGAAGACGACGAGAAGGAGGCUCAGUGAAACGACAAACAUCACCAACACGCUGCUGACUGUUCUCAGAAAUACA